AUGACGAUUGACCUUACGGCAGACGACGAGUCGGAUGACGAGCCUAUUCUUCUCGAGACGCGUACAACUACCGUCGCAAACGGACAACCUUCCUCCCCCACACCCAAAAAGCGAUCCUUCUCAGAUACAGAGGACGAUUGGGCUACCUAUACCCCGCAAGCCACACCGCCUGCUCCCUGGGUCUGUAUCGGAAUGUUGACACCCGGCGUGCUGUGCAUGUACGGAUUGCCACCGGAGCUGCAGUUGGACUCAAAGGACCAGCCACCCCCUAUCGAUCCAUCUUGGUCGCACCUGGAAUUCUGGGGCGAGCCAGGCGUGCGUCCUGUCGCGAUCCAGGAAAGCACAACUGACGCGUCGCCGUCCAAGUCCUUGUCGCAGUUUCUCCAAACGACACAGCGCCCCGACCUCGCCGUGGCUACGCUUCAACCGAAUCGAUCGAAUCUGUCUGCGUCUCCUCUGAUCCUCAAUGAGUUCGGAAAGCUUACAGACAAAUUUAGCAAAGUCUUAGCACCUCUCCUGCGUGCGCAGCAAAUCCAAUGUGUUUCGCGCGCGCGAUUGGUCUCCAAGUUAAAAGCUCGUGUGUUUUCCCAAGAGAUUGAGUCGCUGAUCUUUGUACGUGGUGCGGAUGUGGACCAUGUUUUGCAGGUCAUUGCGCAAGCUGGAUUGCUCCUCGAGAUGCCUACUGCCUAUCGCCCUAGUGACUACCCUAUGAAUCCGCCGCUGUACUUGCCACCACAGGCACAAACGCGAUCAUCGCGCAGUCACAGCGUCGCAGAUAUGCCAUCACGGCCUCUACGUACUCUUCUCCCCGCGCAGCAUGAACGCGUGGUUGAAGAGGAUUCGCGUGCGCAAAUCAAUGCUGUGUAUGCUGCGCUCGCCUCGCACGAUGAUCUGAGCGAGACGGAGCCAGGUCCCUUGAUCCGUACACCUCUUUUUCCUCACCAAAAACAGGCAUUGACCUUCCUUUUAGAGCGGGAGCGUGCGCGGCAGUGGGACGAGCUGCUCGGCCCUGAUCCACCAGCUCACAUUUCACUCUGGACGGUCGCUGAACGACGCGAUGAUACCAUUCAGCGAUACCGUCACAUCGUUACCAAUAUGACCAAACGCACGCGACCGACGAUCUGCUGCGGUGCGAUCUUGGCCGACGAUAUGGGGUUGGGCAAGACACUAACGACCAUUUCGCUGAUUGCCUCGACGUACGAGGAUGCAGUGGCAUUUGGACAAACCUCGCUGAAGACGGACGACGAUGACGACGAGCCUAUGCUGGUCGGUGACUCACGAAAUCGGCGCACGGCAGAGCAGGCGCGCAAAGAAGAGCUUCGAUGCCGCAGCCGAGCAACAUUGUUGGUCUGCCCACUCACGGUGAUUUCCAACUGGGAGACGCAGAUUCGAGAGCACUGGACACCACGUCGCCCCCCACGUGUGUAUGUGUAUCAUGGUGGUGGCCGUGCCAGGGAGCCUAGAAUGCUGACCGACUACGAUAUCGUGCUUACGACGUAUUCGACGCUGGGCAACGAGUUUGCCAACCAGACGACGUGGACGGCUGCAGCAGGUCGGGCAGACACUGAUCCCACGCCUGACUCGAAGCGGUUGAAAGUUGAGGCGCCCAACACGUGCCAGCGUAUCGAAUGGUACCGUGUUGUGCUAGACGAGGCGCAUAUCGUGAAAGAGGCGCGAACAUGGCAGUCUAAGGCCGUGUGCAACUUAUCGUCGCCACGUCGAUUGUGCCUGACUGGCACACCGAUCCAGAACCGGAUGGACGAUCUGUAUGCACUUCUUCUGUUUCUGCAGCUGGAUCCCUUCCAUGACCGGGCCAUAUGGAGUCGCUACUGUGGUGAUCACCGCUCGUUGGGUCUGAAAAAUGCACGGACCAAUGUCCAAGUCGAUCCGAACUCGCUUUCACGUGUGCAAGCGAUCAUGAAGUUUUUGACGUUGCGGCGUAUGAAGACGGACCAGAAGCCGGAUGGCACGCCCCUCUUAUCUCUGCCGGCGAAGACGACGCGGAUCAUGACACUGCAGCUCAAUACCGACGAGCGGGCGAAGUACGAGCAGCUGCACUCCCAGUUUAAAGAAGAGUUUUCUGAGUACGUGGCGGAAGGUACUGUGGGACGGCACUACGCUACGAUUCUUCAUGAAAUUCUCAUUCUGCGUAUGAUGUGCGAUCACUCGGCGCUUGUCGACGAUAGCUUAAGUGGGAAAGAGAUCCAGGCGUCACUGCAGGAUGUGUCUGCGUCGAUUCGCGAGCAGGGUCUCACGCGGGCCAUGGCCCAGCAGCUGUUUCGUAUCAUGGCCGACAGUGCCAUGACGCUCUGUGCGGCCUGUGGUUGGGACUUGGCGCAGGACCAAGACGAUGCAGCGCAUAUACCUGUCGUGACCAAGUGCCAACACACGUUUUGUUCGGGCUGUUUCCAGGCGCAUGUGGGCCCUGCCUUGUGGCCAGAUCCCCUGGAUUGGCAUCAGGGCACAUGUCCUUGCUGCUACGAGUCGCUUCAACUAGCGCGGGACGCCGUGCUUCUUCGAACAAGCGACGAUGGGAAGCGGUCUACCGACAAAGCCCGUCGGCCUCCACCCGCGCUGGAGGCGCCGAGUCCCUUUAUGCCAGCCAACCCCGAUACAUGGCCCACCUCUUGGAGUACGAAGAUCCGUGCACUGAUCGCAGACCUGCUCCCAUUUUCGCAGUGUAAUCCGGCAUCGGAUCUCUACGAUCCCACCGCGCCUAUUAUGGAGCAAGUCACAGUGGCUGGCGACGAUCAAGGCGCAACGCCGCGUGUGGAGGUUCGUGCGGUGUCUCCGCACGUUACGCCACGCCCUGCGCCCAUCAAGUCGGUGAUUUUUUCGCAGUGGACCAAGAUGCUCGACAAGGUCGGCCAAGCGCUCUGCACGGCUGGCAUCCGUUACCGUCAGCUCGAUGGUACCAUGAGCCGUGGGGAGCGCGAGAUGGCGAUGUCGUCGUUCCACAGCGAUGCACGCAUUGAAGUGUUCCUUGUGAGUCUGCGGGCAGGUGGCUUUGGUCUGAAUUUGGUAUCGGCGUGCCGUGCGUACCUCCUGGAUCCCUACUGGAAUCCGGCCGUGGAGCAGCAAGGCCUUGAUCGUAUUUAUCGGCUGGGCCAGGGCCGUCCUGUGAUUAUGACCAAGCUCAUCGUCCAAAAAAGCAUUGAAGAAAAGCUCCUUGAACUGCAGCGGCGCAAGUUGGAACUGGCCAACCGCGUAGGCCGCCAAACGGAUGCCGAACGCCAGCAACAACGCACCGAAGAUCUGCAGCUUCUUUUCUCGUAA